CAACAGGAAAGACAGGGCCAGAGCUUGGAGAGAACAAGGAGGGAAGAGACAAAGAGAGGUACAGCAAAGAAGAUCAAAGGAAAGAGGACCAGCAAAAGAAGAUCAAAGAUUUGUGUGCCAGACGAGCACUGCACAAAAUAGACUAGAUGUCCAACAAUCUUCCCACACAGGACAAAAUGGAAAAGCAAAAACUAAGGGCUAAAAUCAGUCCUCUGGUGUCCAAGAGCUCCACACAGCGUCUUAGUAGGGACCUCACCUGCUCCAUCUGCCUAGACCUGUUCAAGUGCCCGGUUUCCUUGCCCUGUGACCACACUUACUGCGAGGCCUGCAUUACGAGUUACUGGACCGGCCUUCGCGGCAAAGGGCAGGGUGGAUCUGGUUCCUGUCCUCAGUGCCGGAAAGUGUUUCCUGGCCAGAGCUACCGACCCAACCGCAUUGUGGCAAACAUAGUGGAGAGUUACUGCCAAGGUAUAAAGGAAAGUGGGGGUCGGUUGGCCGGUGGAGGAUUGUCAGCUGACAAAGUGCCUUCUACACCGUUGUGCACCCGUCAUGGAGAAGAGUUGAAGCUUUAUUGUGAAGAAGACCAGGAGCUGGUGUGUCUGGUGUGUGGGAUUUCUCAGGACCACAGGGCUCACACACUGGUGUGCGUGCAAGAUGCACAUCAGAGAUAUCGGGCUUCUCUUAGCACAUCUGCAAGUGCCCUUCAAAUAGAACUCAACACUGCUUUGGAGUGUGAAAGAGAGACUGAAGAAGAGGUGAAAAAGCUGAAGGACCACACGGCAGAUCUGAAACAGAGAAUCGAGGCUCAGUUCAGCGAACUCCAUCAAUUCCUGUACCAGGAGGAGAAACUCCUGCAGGUCAAGCUGAAGACAGAGGAACGACGUGAGCUGAUAAGACUUGACGAGCACAAGGCCUUGCUCAGUGUGGAGAUCUCCCGCCUGCGCAGAGCUAUGAAUGAUAUUAAGGACAAACUCAGCGAACAGGACCCAUACACACUGCUCAAGAGCAUAAUGGGCCUGCUUCAGAGCAGGCAGCCACCAAAGUUCGAGAAGCCUGCACUGACGCCACCCAGCCUGUGUGAGGGCCGAUUUGCUGGGCCCCUACAGUAUAGAGUCUGGAAGUCACUAAAAGGAAGCAUUUAUCCAGUUCCCUCAGCCAUAACAUUUAACUCCAAAACAGCCAACCCCUGGUUGAGUCUUACAUCCUCACUCACCUGUGUGCGCUACCAGACCUUCAACAGCGCAGUGCAGGACAACCCACAGCGCUUCAAUGCUGCCCUGUCUCUGCUGGGCAGUCAGGGCUUCACUAAAGGCCGCCAUUACUGGGAGGUGGAGGUAUACAGCAGCACCGUUUGGACAGUGGGAGUCGCCCGUGAAUCGGUCACAAGGAAAGGUGUCAUCAAUACCAUGCCGGUCAAUGGCUUCUGGACGCUCUCGCUGUCGUAUGGAGUUCAGUACAUGGCGGGGACAUCUCCUCCAACAUUACUGUCUUUGGAAGAGCCACUGGCAAGGAUUGGCGUGUAUCUAGACUACAAAAGGGGUCUGGUGUCAUUCUACAAUGCUGAAAGCAUGACACACCUAUAUACCUUUAAGGACACCUUCACUGAGACCCUCUACCCUUAUUUCAACCUGGGCUUCCUGGACAAAGUGCAUGAAAAUGAGCCUCUUAAAGUGUUUCUACCUAAAAUCUGAUUUCACCCACAAAAAAAAAAAAAUAAUUUAAAAAAAUAAAUAAAUAAAUAAAUAUAUAUAUAUAUAUAUAUAUAUACUGUCAUUAUUUACUCAUCCUCAUUUUGUUCCAAACCCAUGGGACUUUCUUUUUUUUCCGUGGAACGCAAAAAGCAGAAUGUAAGCCUCUGUCACCUUUCACUUUCUUGCAAUAAAGAAAAGAUAAAAGAUAUAAUAAAAAUAAAAUUAAGUGGUGUCUCUUUGUAAGUAAAGAGUAAAAGUAAAUGGUGAUGAGUAUGGAACAGCAUGAGGAUGAGUAAAUUAUGGCAAAAUGUUCAUUCUUUGGUGAACUAUCCAAUUAUAUGCAGAUUUAAUUAUUAAAUUUUUUAAUAAUAAUUUUGUAGUAAUUGUACACUAGGCUGGACCUGGACAUCAUAUUUAAUUUACAUUUAACAGUACAAAAUCAUAUAUGGCUAUACCAUCUUAAUAUUACAGUGGGUAAGUGAAGGCACAUGAAAAUUUAAACCAAAACUACAAAAAAUGGUUGGAAACCAUGGCUAAUGACUCUUUCCCACUAAAAUCUGCUGUAAGCAAUUUUUUACUAUCAUAAAAUGACUGAAAUAGAUAUUCAUGAGAAAUUACUUGUCUCUGACUCCGUGUCAUCCAUAACGUAGGCUCCGCUUUUAUAGCCAAUAAGAAAAAAAGAAUCUGAUCGUGACCCAUAGUUUUUAGCCAAUCAGAAAACAAAGAUCUUGCUAAACUGCUAAAGAAAAUGGCACAGUCUUGUGCCUUUGAAAAUAUAUUAAACAGACGUAAACAAAACAGCAGAAGACGCUUUACAGCCACUCAAACCAGCCUGUCUGGCACCAACAAUCAUCCAUGCGAUAAUCUAAUCAGCCAAUCGUUUGGCAGCAGUACAGUGCAUAAAAUCAUGGAGAUACGGGUCAGGAGCUUCAGUAAAUGUUCACAUCAACCAUCAGAAUGGGGAAAAAUGUGAUCUCAGUGAUUUGGACCGUGGCAUGAUUGUUGUCAGACGGACUGGUUUGAGUAUUUCUGUAACUGCUGAUCUCCUGGAAUUUUCACACACAACAGUCUCUAGAAUUUCCUCUGAAUGGUGCCAAAAACAAAAAGCAUCCAGUGAGCAGCAGUUCUGUGGAUGGAAAUGCCUUGUAGAUGAGAGAGGUCAACUGAGAAUGGCCAGACGGGUUUGAACUGACAAAGUCUAUGGUAACUCAGAUAACCACUCUGUACAACUGUGGUGAGAAGAAUAUAAUCUCAGAAUGCUAUUCUGACAUGCGGGUUAGCGCUGUUUUGACGGCACAAGGGGGACCUACACAAUAUUAGGCAGGUGGUUUUAAUGUUGUGGCUGAUCAGUGUGUGUAUAUGUAUAUGUAUGUAUGUGUAUGUGUGUGUAUGUGUA